AGUCCAUAUUUUAGUUUAGAUUAAAUAAAACUAUGGCUAAGGCAACAACCAUCAAGGACGCACUGACCCGUUGGGAGGAGAAGAAUAGCCAGGAGGCCAUCAGCGCCACUCAAAUUGGACUGCAAUUCCAGUAUCCGCCGAUAGAGAAAAUGGACCCAACCCUGAGCACUCUGGUGGCGUGCAACCGUCUGAGUUUGUCCUCGAAUAUGAUCGAAAAGAUCAGUGGGAUAUCGGGCAUGAAGAAUCUGAGGGUGUUGAGCUUGGCCCGCAACAACCUGAAGACUUUAAGCGGUAUCGAGCCACUGGGCGAAACGCUGGAGGAGCUCUGGGUCAGCUACAACAUAAUCGAGAAGAUCAAGCCGCUGGAGUCGAUGAAGGCACUUCAGGUGUUCUACAUUUCGCACAAUCUAAUCAAGGACUGGGUCGAGUUCAUGCGCAUUGCUGUACCUCCGAAUCUCACCGACAUUACAUUCAAUGGCAAUAUUCUCAGUGAGAACAUGGAACCGGCAGCCUUUACCGCCGAGGCUGUUCGCCGCUUGCCCAAUCUGAAGAAACUAGACGGUGAACCAGUCAUACGCUAAAUACCAGACACAAAAACCAACACAAAACAGAUACA